CCCUGGCUACAAUAGAGAAAACGAAACUAUUGUAAUCUGUGAAGAAUUUCAAUUCUAUGGAAAUUGCAUCAAGGAUAAAUUAUGUUUGUGCUAUCGAAACGAUUGGUAUAAUACCUCGUUUGGUGAUAUAAGAAGUGUCAGCUCUGAAAUCAACGCCUUUUCGGAUAUCUGCGAUUCCUGCUCUAGCCCUCAGCCAAUAAAGUGUAUAAAUGGAAGCGUAUAUUCGCGGAUUAUAACAGGGCUUAGCACAUUAAACCUAAUACGUCAGACCACCGAAACAGAAUGUUCGCAGAUGUUGACAGAUACAAUAUCAACAGCGACAACCUGGGAACAGGACUUGACGUCAACUGCAUACACGACACCAUCAACCAAUGAGCACGCAACACGUUCUGAAGCAUAUACGACAAGCGCGACAACCGGGGAACAGGACAUGACGUCAACUGCAUACACGACAACAUCAACCAAUGAACAAACAACACGUUCUGAGGCAUCUUCGACAGACGUUAGUCAAACAACUACAAUAUCUGCGACAACCGGGGGACAGGACAUGACGUCAACCGCAUACACGACAACGUCAAUUAACGAGCAAACAAUACGUUCUGAAGCAUAUACGACCAGCGCUAUGUGUCCUUGUCAAUGUGAAUACUUUGAUAAGAUCGAGUAUUGGGCCCAGGAAAAUAACCAACGCAAACAGUAUGAAGAACUGAGCAAGAAACUGGCUAAAAUCAAAGAUAUCCUGAAAAUGGAAACAAAAAACCUAAGCUCCUUUAUUAAAAAGAAGAUAAGCGCUGCCGAUGAUCGUCCGUCUGCGGUUGCCACAGGAUCAGUGGGGGCUGUCAUCAUAAUCAUUGUGCUUACUGGCAUAGUCUUGCUUGAUCUUCCUGUGAUUAUUCAGCAUGCAAGGUUGUUAUUUUGGGACAUCCAAAGACUGUGCGCUAGAGUAUAAUAAUUAAGUUUCUACGUUGAUG